AUGGACAACAACGAGAGACUGAAGGCUCUCACGCGGGCCAAGAUUUUCGAAAGUCUGAACCGGAAUAAUACGAGAUCUGCGAGUGAAGAUGGGGCCCAGAAGCGAGGAGAUCAGAUACAUACACAGCUUAGGAUUCUAAACCAUCGGGUCGAAACAUCGGAUCAGAAAAAUGGCACGAUUGAGAGUGCUCCUGUCGUCGGCAGCUCCGAGCAGCCAGGUGCCGACUCCUCCACGUCCCAGCCCGGGACCUUCAUCUUCACCUUCACCUUCACAGCUCCGCUCCUCGAGUCCAUCUACAACUCCAUCCCGCCAGACGAUACCGCCAUCCUUUCUACAACAUUCUUUUCCAAAAUACAUUACUUCAAGUCCCGUCGGCCCAAUCGGGGUCCCUCAGUCCUCGACGAUGAACUUCUCUUCUCCGCAGCUCCCAUCGCCGAGUGUGUCCACAUUCAGCCCCAGUGGUCGUCCGAUGCAGAAUCCGAUGGUAGCGGCGCUUUCAUCCGGACAGCGGCCUUCUUUCAAGGCGCGACUUCAGCUAGUGUCGUCAAGGUUACUAGCCCGGAGAAGCCUUUCAACUCGAGUAGCCCCCCGAUCCCGUCUGCCCUUCGAAGCGUCAACUUCCCUCCUCCGUCCCUCGAGAGCACCUCCGACGAGUCGAGCAGUGAUGAGCUUAUCCUUACAACCCGCGGACAUCAGGGCAGCCUGCACCAUACGGCUCAGAGCGAAAUGCGGAUGAAUUUCGACCCCUCGUUCAGCUACCCGCCUCCUCCCAUGUCCACAAACGAACUCUUCAACGCUUUCGCAUCCAUGAACACAUUCUCAGUCAGCAACGCGCCUCCUUCCGUGCCCCCGAACGACCUGCUCGCAAAUCCCGGCCCUGCUUGGAACUUGGACCUUCUUCAGAGCCCUCAACUCGGUCACAUCAUCUCACCACAAGAGGAGAUCGCAGUCAGAGUCGGCAACGCGCGCACCCUCGCCCACAACGGUUACCGCGGCCCCUUUGACAUCGGCCGUCUCACCUGCCUCAUCGAUCCGUGCAGCGGCGAGCCCAACCCCAUCGCCGAGACGCGCCCCGAUGCCCGCGGUAAGAUGGUCACGUACGACCUGCAAACCAAGGAGGACAUCCUCACUGCCGAGCCCUCCGAGACGGGUACCGCCCAGUGGGGCAGGAAGGGCGAGUUCACUGGCUUUGCAGAGUCGAGCGCCGCCUCAGUUGAGGAAGUCGAGGACCGGCGGUUCAUGCCUACCGGAAAGAACGCCUGGAUGGGUGUUAGGCUUGGCGAGGGCCCGGAGUCUGUCAUGGUUCACGAUGAGUAUGCCCCGGCUGCGACGCCUAGCUUGGGUCCGGCGCCAUCUUGGAUGAAGGAGGCCAAUGCUGCUCUGGGUAUUCCGAACGAGGAUGACGAGGAUGAAGAGGGCCUCUUUGAAUAUUGCGACUUGGAUUUUGAGGACUGAUUUGGAGUCGUCAGUAACUGGGACAUUGGAGUUUUACCUGGGAUAUGGAGUUUGGAUGAAGUUCUUUCUCGCUUGGAGAAUCAGGUCUGCUUUGGGAAUCAGGCCAUC